CUGGCUGGACUAGUGGGCCAAGGUCCCUUUUCAAUCAUUACAAGUAUCAGAGCCGUUUCGUGGCGAAUAGCCAAAUUGGUCAUGCCACGGGCAUUCUAGCGAGUAGAAAUCUGCAGUUCGGGAAACGCUCAUGAACUACAGUGUACUAGUUUAUUAUUUCCUAGCUAUUUGUCAACCGGUUGGCUCCGUUAAUGCCUUCAACGAAAAGGAAUGCGAGUGAAUGGAGUUUUCGUCGGGCCAGCUGGCCGCUGUAUUUUACCUGACUUAAGGCAGUAUUCACGUACAGCCGUAUUCCAGCCACGGCGAUCGUAAAACACCGCUUCUUUUUUUCUUUUUUUGCGAACAAAGUAAGAAAGUGAGGCAACAAAAAAGCCACUUUUUAAAAUAGCGCUGUUGGUCGUGCCGUUCGUGCUCGACCGCUUGUGGCAACGGUGCGAGACAUCCGUCAGCGGAGAAUAUUUCGUUCUGUAGCCUGCGGCAACUGCGUCGCAGCCAGCCGUUCACUUUUUCAUGGUCGAUGGAAAAGCCUUUGAGGUUGAAAAGAGAAAUAAAACAAACAGUUUGGACAGGCACGCCAUCUUGCAUAUCUGCCGCAGGAGGCGCAGUAAAACAAACAAACAAAAAAAAAAGAAAUCCUUGGUCGUCUGCGUUGCGCGGGUUCCCGCGCAACGGGAGAUCACGUGGUACUUCCGGUCCCAGGAGCGCGCGGGUUUUCUGCGUCGCGUCCAGACGGCGGGAAAAAAAUGUCCGGCUAGUCGCGAAGUCGGUGCUGCUUUUCGGACAUUUGAAGAUUCGUGGGUGGUGUAAUUUCGCCAGAUAUUCGCCUACCGCACAAACGCGCUUGUCGACGGACAGACAUGGCGCUCGAGAGGCGCAAGCAGAGCCCGAAGCUGAAGCAGACGGCGAAGUCGUGCAGCAAGAUAACCGACUUCUGGAAAACGUGCACUGUUGCAGCCGUGGUGUCGCCCCCAUCUAAGGCAAAGUCACCAGCCAAAGUCAUACCUGGUUCUCCUGCACCCAGCACCCCUGCGUCGCCGCUAAAGAAGGCUAGUGGUCAGUCCGUGCCUUCCGACAAGGUCAAGUACCAGGUCAUCGACCCUGAGGGCAAGGUUCACACUGUCCCACCAACUGACGUCUGCCGGAAAAAGAACUCCUUCACGAGAGAGAAGAAUCGCAUCUUCCUACGUCAGGCCACAGAGCUCGACAAAGAUGGAUUUUUGCGGGUUAAGGAGAAGACCCAGAAGAAGUAUGGUCUGCAUCAGCUCACGUUUGCCGACAUCUUCACGGGCUCCUCCCCAACAUUCACAGUGUCUCCCAAGAACAGGCCCUCAGCAGGGGCAGCCACACCUGGCUCGCCCGAUGGCAAGGUCAGCAAGCCCCGGAAGUUGAAGCAGACCAGUAGCCCCAAAAAAGAGGGAGCUGUUCCAGCGACUACUAAUGGCAAGAAAGAGCUUGCUGAGAAGCCAAAUGGCAUUGCUUCCGCCAGUGUGGAUCAUCCGUCAGCUGAAGAACUGGCCAAAGCAGCAGCCGAAGCCAAGGCAGCAAAGGAUCGGGAGUUUGAAGAGCUUUUGAAGCUGAAGAUUGCUCAGAAGGAAGCCCGGCAAAAGAAAAAGAUAGAGGAGCGGCGCCUACACGCUCAGUUCCUGACAGAGUGGAACCGUCCCCGUGAUGACCUGGAGUGCGACGACCUGCGGGAGCUGCCAUCCUUUGUGCCACUGCACUGCGCCAUUCCCCCCAAGCACUUUGGGGACUUCAUGGUUGUCCUCGAGUUCCUCAGCUUGUUCGCCCAGCAGCUGGACCUCAAGGACUUCUUCCCAGCGGGCGUCAGCUUUGAUCUGCUGGAGCGUGCUUUGACGGAGACAGAUGUCCUGGGCUCACUCAGCGACAUCUUCCAGUUGCUGCUCACGGCAGUGUUCCGCACACAGGAGGAAGAGAUGGAGCCUUCCAAGGGCAGACAUCCGCAAGGGGAACAGAGUUCGGAUGACGAACCUGAGGAGGAAGAGACGGACAGGGGCCGUGGCGCCCUGCAGGCCAUUCGCAAGGCACAGCGAGCUGCGACAACUGUGUCCCUGAAACAGCAGCAAGUGCUCGGUUUGAAGCUGAGCAAGGUAACGGUGGAUGCAUUGUCGCUGAGCGAGGUUCUCCGGCUACACUUGGCUUCAAGCGGAUCCCUGGAUGUCGGGCGGAAAGUGUUCAGUGGCUGGUACUCCCAAGAAGAGGAUCCUGGGCUGUGGUUCACCACUGAGGAGCCUGAGAUCAUGGCUCGCCUUAGUCAAGGAAGCAUUCACGACUUGGAGAUUGGUGACAAGGUGAAACUGCUGCGAGUGUUGGUGGACCAGCUCCUGUCGAUGGAGUCCUUCCGGGGCGUCAUUGAAGAGAACCUCAUGAAGCUAAAGCAGCUCAAACAGGACUUGCGCCAGAUCCGGCUGUCAGCCAAGCAGCAGGAGGAGCCCAAGAAAAAGAGGAACCAGAAGGAAGGUACAACUGAAGGAAAGAAGGAGGAAGCAGAAGGGGCCGAUGAGGAUGCUGAUGACAAGGCAGCGACAGACAAGACGUCAGACAAACCAUCAGAGAAGACCGAGCAAAAUGGCAAGGUCAAUGGCAUCAUUCCCGAGGCCCUCAAAACCCCGCAACAACGCAAGGAAGAACAGCGCCGGAGGGAAGAGCUUGAGCGGAAGGAGCAGGCCCUGCGGAAGCAGGUUGAGCAGCUUCAGUCCUUCUGGUCCCUGCAGCCGCUGGGUGAGGACCGCUGCCACCGACGCUACUGGCAGUUCAAUGCACUGCCAGGCCUGUUCGUUGAAGACAACGACCCGCACAGAGGAGCCUGCAUACCUGGCGGCACUCCGCUAGUCCGUUGCGAGCUCCCAAAGCACCCUUCGGUGACCUUCAUGGAGGCGUUUCUCCUGCACAACAACCGCAAGCGUGGCGACAGCGGGGACAGUGCGGCACUCAGCGACAAGGAAAACAAGGAAGCCGCUGCCGAGCGGAAGGCCCUGCAUGCAGAAGGCAAGGCACAGAAGCUCCUGUGCGACUCAAACCCAAGGGUGGCAGCGGGAGCAGGCAGGCGUUCGUCGGUCGAGACGCCGGCCGUCAUGAUGAAUGGCCUGCUUGACCCGAAGCGGGAACUGAGUGUGGUGUUGGACAAGGUGGACAGUGUUGUUAGUGACAUGGCGCCAGUGCAACCGGUGAACAGUACACAUCCCUAUGGGACGUGCUCGGGUAAUGCAGUGACGUGUACAGUGCAUGGUGAAGUGGCUAGGAGCGCAAUGCCCCGCUGGUGGUUUUGCCGGAACAAGGAGGAGCUCACUGCCCUUAUCGGUGCACUCAACCCUCGUGGUUUCCGGGAGAGCAAGCUCAGGGCUGUCCUCAAGAGGGAUCAGGCUGACCUGGAGUCAGUUGUGGCCAAGUGUCCCGGCCGUAAGCUCAAUCCAGAGGUGGUGUGGCCCGAGGAGGAUGAAGGGGAGGCUGAAGUGCGCAAGUCCUCGCGUCUCCAGUCGGGGCCCAAGCCAUCGGCUAUGGCUGGCUACCCGUCCCGGCUGGCUCAGGUGUAUGGAUUCCGAGAAGCCCUGCUUGACCUGGAAGAGAAGCUGUACACUGGCAGCCUUGGCAUCAUCAAGGUUGAUCGAGUCUCAUGGAGAGAAAAGCUGGAUGUUCUCUUGGCAACAGUUGAGGCAACAGACAAGGACCAAACGGAACUUGUAAAAAUUGCAUCCACUUUGGACUACGAGUCUGAAGUGCGUGUCCUAUCACAAGCGCUGCUUGACGUCUCAAUGGGCAUCGAGGCAAGGUUUCUUCAGCCACCUCUGGGAGAGUCUGAAGAACAGCGGAAAAAACGGAAAGCCGCGGAGCUUGCCCGGAAACAGAAAAAGGAAGACGGAGAGGACGUGCCUGACGAGCCACCGAGCAAGCCAUCGUUACUGGAGAACUGGCGGGAGUCGGUGAGCGGGUGCACAUCAGUGGCCCAGUUGUUUCUGCACCUGUCAUCGCUGGAGCGCAGUGUGGCAUGGGACCGGUCGGUGCUCAAGGCCUACUGCCGCAUCUGCCGGCGGCGGAGGGACCCGGAACGCAUGCUGCUCUGCGACGGCUGCGACCGCGGACACCACCUCUACUGCCUCAAGCCUCCACUUGAGGUGAUUCCCAAGGGCGACUGGUACUGCAUUGCCUGUCGCCCCAAGGAGAAGCCGGCCUCCCCUGCCAAGCGCAAGUACAUUGAGGAAGAAGAGGACGACGACCAGGACGAGGAAGACGAUGAGGAAGAAGAUGAGGAUGAGGAAGAAGAGGCCAAUGCCGCUGAGAAUGAGAGCGAAGCUGAAUCCUCGUCUGAUGGCAACGAUGAUUCGUGCGACGCUUGCGGCAAGGGCGGCACACUUAUCUGCUGCGAUUCCUGCCCGCUGGCCUACCACCUAGAAUGCACACGACCGCCAUUGCGCAGGCUACCACGGGGAACGUGGAACUGCCACAAGUGCACGGUCGCAAAACAGCGUUCAUCUGGAGGAGCAAGGGGAAAGGGCACCAGAACGCGGUCACAAAGUGCUGCUGCAGAAUCGAAGCGCUACAUUGAGAGGCGGCAGCAAAAGGAACAGAGCAAAAAGCAGCCCCAGUCUUCUGCACCUUCUGACCCAUACCGUCCGCCCCGAAUAAGCUUUAAACGCUCCAGGGUCAGCUGGGAGGAUUCGUCUUCUGUCAGCGAGGAAGGUGUUACAUCACGGGCUUCAUCACGGCGCUCCAGCCAAGAUCUCCCACUUGAUUUCAAAGCCUGUGAUGAGAUUCUACAGUCACUUGUCCAUGACCACAAUUCGUGGCCUUUCCACUGUGCAGUCAGCCGUCGGGAUGUUCCUGACUACUAUGAUGUCAUCCGGCGGCCCAUGGACCUGGGCAAGAUUCGGGGCAAACUGAGUGGCAUGGAGUACCGCACCACCAAGGAGUUUGUGGCCGACAUCUACCUCAUCUUCCAGAACUGCAGCGUGUACAACAGGCCCGGAUCGCUGGAGCACUCAUCUGGUGUCUCCCUUCUGGGCACCUUCGAGCGUCUCCUGUCGCACCACGGGCUCGGAGAGUUUCCACAUGCUCCGUGCUUCGAGGAUGAAGCAACUGGCAGCAAGCGGACGUCCAAGCGAGUGUCCAAGAGGCAUUGCUGCGACAGCGACAGUGAAGACCACGGUACGGUAAAGCGUGCGCUGGCGAGCCCUACCAAGGACGCUGCCACAUCGUCGUGGUCGACCAGGAGCAAUGGCAAGCGCCGUACACACUGACUCGAGUGCUUGCAUCGUUUCCCGUCUCCUUGAAGACAUCAUCCCUCCCUGCCACUUCCUCACUUCAGUUCGCACAUUACCAUCAUGUACAGUGUCCCUUGCCUCUUCUUUUUUUUUUCUUCCCUUUUUAAUUAGAAAAAGAAAAUGAAAUUUUUCCAUCUUUGAUAGGGGCGCGAAAGCCAUCUAGAGCUGCCAUUGGCUCCCACGGAUGUUUUGAGAAAAUUUUCGCUGCAUUUUGUCUGGAGUGAGAUUGACGAUACUUAAAAAAAUGGUACGGACGUGGGUACAGAAGGCUCCCAAGGCCCCAAAAGAUGUUCAGCACUGACCAUCUACUGGUAUUGGUGAACGGUGUGUUGUGCCGCAUCUGCCUGUCGGUGCCGAACUGUUGCUGACCCCUUCUCUCCGGUGAUUUGAAAGCAUGCGUGUGGACCGGCUCGACCUUUCUUCUUUUCUGCUCCGUAAAAUGGCUCACAGGAAGUGCAACUUGCAUUAGUUGGGUAUCAUUGCUUCUAGGAGAUGCCCAAUAGUAAUGCCUUGUGCACAAGUUCUGUGCAUUGUCUUCGAAGAUUCUUGAGACUACCGCACACGCACACCAUGGCCCACGUGCUCCCGACUGCACAGUAUGUGCUAGUUUCCCCGACUCUGCAGGCCUGGAGGCAACAAUGACGACUAGCUGUUGCUGUGUACACUUUCCGCUGCCACAAGUAGCAAAAUAAAAGCAUUGUUUGUGCAAGACUGAAGCUGA